AUGGUUGUAUACUGUCAUUCCAUAAAACCUCCAAGCUCCCCCCCUUCGUACCUCUCACAUUCACCACACUGCUUCCUCCAAAUUUCUCGCGCCACCCGCAUCCCUAUCCUUCUCCGGAAACAAAUGUCUUUUGCCACCUCCUGCGCACAUAAGUGGUUACAUUCUCGUGUGCACUUGAUGAACCGGGGAAGACUGGGAAGCUUUGGAUCAUCUCUCAUUCCGGGGUUUCGGUUUCAUCCUACUGAUCAUGAGUUGGUAAUGUACUAUUUGAAGAGGAAGUUAUUGGGGAAGAGAAUCAUUGUCAAUGCUGUUGCUGAGGUCAAUAUUUAUGAGUUUAGUCCCUGGGAUCUUCCAGAUAAAUCCUCAUUAAAAAGUGGAGACUUGGAGUGGUUCUUUUUUUGUCCGAAAUCAAAAAAAUAUUCAAGUGGGGCCCGAUUAAACCGGGCAACUGAAUCUGGGUUCUGGAAAGCCACUGGGAAAGACAGGAAGGUUGAAUACAAAGGAAGAAUUGUAGCAAGAAUCAAGACUCUGGUUUUUCAUCUAAAAACUGCAUCAGAUGGACAAAGAACAAACUGGGUCAUGCACGAAUACAAUAUGGAAGAUCAAAAGUUAGCUGAUGAAGGCGUUGUUCAGGAUAUGUAUGUGCUGUGUAAAAUCUUUGAGAAAGAGGGUGCAGGGCCGAAAAAUGGUGCACAAUAUGGUGCACCGUUUAAUGAAGAGGAGUGGGAUGAUGACGUGGCAAGCUGUUCUGGGCCCACAAACAAACUGGAUUAUAAGCAGAAGGGCCCACUCACCCUGUCUUUAACUGAACCAGGUUCAUCUACAGUCACAUAUUCUGCAAAUGAGACUGUAAAUUACAAGCAGAAAGGUCCAGCAGUUACAAUAAACAAGACUUUACCUCAAAGUACAUGUACCCUAACCGAACCUGGUCCAUCUGCUGUUGCAAAUGCAAUGGAUACACCUGGCAAUGAUGAUGAUGUCAUGCUUUAUGAAGACCUAGCCUCGAUUUUGGGGGUGCCUACUGGUGGCCUUAAUAGCAACAAGAAAGACAAGCAGGGGGUUGAAGUCAAAGGCGUGGGAUUGGGACCCAAUGAAGAUGAAGGUAUUUUUGGUGACUUGGUGAACUUGGUUAAUCUGGAUGACUUUGUAGGAGCUGAAUUAAAUAGGUUUGAGACUGAUGGAAGUGAGUACACACUGGGCAUGAUGAUGGGAGCUGAUGAUCUUGAUGUUGAUCUGGGAAGAUUUUGUGUUGAUUGAAGGGAUGGUUUUUGGAUGAUGAUUCCUAAUCCUGACUGAAGCUGUUUUUGUUAUUUGGUGGCCAAUGUAUGACUCUGACUGUUUGGCCUAAUUUAUGGCUUUAAAUUUGCUGGAUUCUUUCUUUGUAUAUUUUGGAUUUCCUCAAUAAAUAUGUUUCUUUCUAUUAUA